AAGUUGCAGGAGCAGCAACCGCAGAUCUGUCAGCAUCACCUCGGCGGCAGUUUCUCUCGCCAUCCGGGUCCUCCUCCACCUGCCUGUCCGGGAGCGGAGGGGUCGCUGCUCGGACGGUCCAGCUUGUGUAGCCCGGUACAGGAGCACCAGGAGAGGGCAGCGGGCAUUCCCUCUCCCGGUCCAUCACUGUUUCAGUCUCCAAUAGGUUAUCAGUAAUGGGAUAUUCUGGCUGAUUUUUUUUUUUUCCUGUUGUCCGACAUAAAUAAAAAUGACGAAUUUAAAAAGACUGUUUUUAGGAAGGAGAUUUAUGCACUGGAAGAUUGGUGCUGUAACACUUAUUUUUAUGGGAUUUGUAUUUUUAAUACAAAAAGAAGUGGUUGAUAGAGAGAAUGAUGAACUUGGAGUCCAUGGAGGCUCACACAAAAAGAAGAAAAUGCUGGACAUGAUGAUGGAAGCUGUGAACAAUAUUAAAGAUGCUAUGCCAAACAUGCAAAUAAAUGCACCUGUUAAACAAAAUGACAAUGAUGGCAAGAGGGCAUGUUUGCCUGGAUAUUACACCGCAGCAGAGCUUAAGCCUUUCCUUGAAAGACCUCCUCAGGAUCCAAAUGCUCCAGGAGCUGCUGGGAAACCAUUCAAAGCAGACAAGCUCACCCCAGAAGAGGAGGAAGAGCGGGAUCGCGGCGAAAAGAAACACUGCUUUAAUGCUUUUGCUAGUGAUAGGAUAUCAUUGCAUCGGGAACUGGGUCCAGAUACAAGACCUCCUGAAUGCAUUGAGCAAAAAUUCAAGCGAUGUCCUCCCCUGCCCACUACAAGUGUCAUCAUUGUGUUUCACAAUGAAGCGUGGUCCACGUUGCUCCGAACAGUUUACAGUGUCAUGUACACAUCCCCUGCAAUACUUCUCAAAGAAAUUAUAAUGGUAGACGAUGCCAGCGUGGAUGAUUAUUUAAAGGAUAAACUGGAUGAGUAUGUGAAGCAAUUUCAAAUCGUUAAAGUGGUCAGACAGAAGGAAAGAAAAGGUCUCAUUACAGCUCGCUUGCUUGGUGCUUCUGUAGCAACUGGAGAUACACUGACGUUUUUGGACGCACAUUGUGAAUGUUACUAUGGUUGGCUCGAACCUUUGCUGGGAAGAAUUGCAGAAAACCAUACUGCUGUUGUCAGCCCAGACAUUGUUACUAUUGACCUUAAUACAUUUGAAUUUAGUAACCCUUCACCCUAUGGAAAUAAUCACAACAGAGGGAAUUUUGAUUGGAGUCUCUCGUUUGGCUGGGAAUCUCUUCCUAGCUCUGAAAGGAAGAGAAGGAAAGAUGAAACCUAUCCAAUAAAAACACCAACUUUUGCUGGAGGCCUCUUCUCUAUUUCCAAAGAAUACUUUGAGUACAUUGGAAGUUACGAUGAAGAAAUGGAAAUCUGGGGUGGAGAAAACAUAGAAAUGUCAUUUAGAGUUUGGCAGUGUGGUGGUCAGCUGGAGAUCUUGCCAUGUGCUGUUGUUGGCCACGUCUUCCGUAGCAAGAGUCCUCAUACCUUCCCUAAAGGGACCCAGGUUAUCGUCCGUAACCAAGUCCGUUUAGCAGAAGUUUGGAUGGAUGAUUAUAAAGAAAUAUAUUAUCGGAGAAACAGAGAAGCAGCCAAUAUAGUCCAGGAGAAGUCCUAUGGCGAUCUGUCUAAGAGACUUGACCUGAGACGUCGUCUUCAGUGUAAGAAUUUCUCUUGGUAUCUGAAGAAUAUUUAUCCUGAGGUGUAUGUGCCCGAUCUAAAUCCCCUAAUAUAUGGAGACAUACAAAAUGAAGCCAGACAAUUGUGCUUGGAUGUUGGAGGUGAUAAUCACGGAGACAAGCCCCUCAUUCUCUAUACCUGCCAUGGGCUUGGAGGAAAUCAGUAUUUUGAGUACACUGCAAGCCACGAAAUUCGACAUAAUAUCCAGAAGGAGCUGUGCCUUCGCGCUAGUAAUGGGCCACUGCUCAUUAAACAGUGUGCCAGUCGAGGGAGUGGGACCUCAAUGGAUCCCGAGGAGAAAUGGGAGCUGCUAAAGGAUCAACUGUUGUUCAAUCCCGCACUUAACCUGUGCCUUACUGCGAAUUCAGCCAAUCCAAGUCUUGUACCGUGUAACCCUUCAGAUCCAUUCCAACAAUGGGUGUUUCGGAAAAGCACAUAAACCCCAUGUAAGAGGUCCAGUUCUCUUCAACGCUGUGAUAAGUAUACACUGUGGCAUUUUAUGCAAAAACAGCUGACUAUAAUUAUGCUGGAAACAACAAAAAAAAAGAUACAACAAACCUGUUGUAUUACAAAAGUAAGAACACUCUGAACAUUACAUCAACUGAAAA